AGGAAGAGGAGGCCGUCGAGGAGACGUGGAAGGCGACGCGGAGCCGUCGGAGGGGCCAUGCCGCCGGGCUGAGGCGCGUCUCUUCCUCCUCCUCCGAUGCCUUGAGCCACUUCUGCCCCAAGCGCCAUGGCCGGAGCGUCGGGAGGCUCGCCGGCCCCUCUCUCCGGGGAAGCCCAGCCCCGCGGGGAGUUCGUGGCCCUCACCGCCGUCCAGACCGAGAGCGGAGACGGGACCCCGGCCGCUGCUUCCUCCUCGGCGCCCCCCACGGCCACCACCAGCCCCCGGCGCCUGGGGCUCCUGGGCACCCCUUUGCCCGUCCCCCCGGGGGGCUCCGCCGCCCGCUCCUCCGCCUCGCACAAGCGCUACCGCCGCCUCCAGAACUGCCUCUACAACGUCUUGGAGAGACCCCGCGGCUGGGCCUUCAUCUACCACGCCUUCAUAUUUCUCCUGGUCUUCAGCUGUCUGGUCCUGUCUGUGUUUUCAACCAUCCCAGAACAUCAAAAAUUUGCCAACCAGUGUCUCUUCAUCCUGGAAUUUGUAAUGAUUGUAGUUUUCGGAAUGGAAUACAUUGUCAGGGUCUGGUCGGCUGGGUGUUGCUGCCGCUACCGAGGAUGGCAGGGCCGCUUCCGUUUCGCUCGGAAACCCUUCUGUGUCAUAGAUUUCAUCGUCUUUGUCGCGUCCCUCGCCGUCAUCGCCGCCGGCACUCAGGGCAACAUCUUUGCUACUUCGGCUCUGCGCAGCAUGCGCUUCCUCCAGAUCCUGCGCAUGGUGCGCAUGGACCGCCGCGGCGGCACCUGGAAGCUCUUGGGUUCGGUGGUCUAUGCUCACAGCAAGGAGCUGAUCACAGCCUGGUACAUUGGCUUCCUGGUCCUCAUCUUUGCCUCCUUCCUGGUCUACCUGGCAGAGAAAGAUUCCAACAAGGACUUCCUCACUUACGCAGAUUCGCUCUGGUGGGGUACAAUCACGCUCACCACCAUCGGCUACGGGGACAAGACCCCCCACACUUGGCUGGGCCGGGUGCUGGCAGCCUGCUUUGCCUUGCUGGGCAUCUCCUUCUUUGCUCUACCGGCUGGGAUUCUAGGCUCCGGAUUUGCCCUCAAGGUCCAAGAACAGCAUCGGCAAAAGCAUUUUGAGAAGCGACGGACACCGGCAGCCAACUUGAUCCAAGCCGCUUGGCGCCUUUACUCGACGGACAUCAGCCGGGCUUACCUGACGGCCACCUGGUGCUACUACGACAGCAUCCUGCCCUCCUUUAGAGAAUUGGUCCUUAUGUUUGACCACAUGCACCGAGUGCGCAACGGAGGGCUUAGGAACUCCGAGGUGAGGAAAUACCCCGACGGAGCAUCUCUACAUUAUCACUCCUUCACCCCAGGCCUGAAAACCACCAGCCCUCCCUUUAACUCAGGGGAAAGCAAUAAAAUGGGCAUCAAGGACCGCAUCCGCUUGAGCAAUUCCCAAAGGCAGGGCAGCCGGGGGAAGCAGCAUCUGAUGCCACCUCUCCGCCGCUCGCCCAGCACCGAGAACAUCAAUGAGGCCGCCAGCCCCACCAAGGUCCAGAAGAGCUGGAGCUUCAAUGAUAGGACAAGGUUCCGAGCCUCAUUGAGGCUGAAGCCCCGGAUCCCAGUGGAAGCUGAUGGUCCUGUGGAGGAAAGCAGUGAGGAGAAGGCCUACCAGUGUGACUUGACCUUUGAGGAUAUCAUGCCCGCAGUCAAGACACUCAUAAGGGCAGUCAGAAUCCUCAAAUUCCUGGUGGCCAAAAGGAAGUUCAAGGAGACGUUGCGCCCAUAUGAUGUCAAAGAUGUUAUUGAGCAAUAUUCAGCCGGCCACUUGGACAUGCUGUGCAGGAUCAAAAGUCUCCAGACCCGAGUGGAUCAGAUAGUGGGCCGUGGAGCCAUCGCCAUUGACAAGAAGGUGCGGGAGAAAGGCGAGAAGUCAUCGCUGGAGAUGGAACUGGUGGAUGAGCUCAGUAUGCUGGGACGAGUGGUCAAAGUGGAGAAGCAGGUGCAGUCCAUUGAGCACAAGCUGGAUUUGCUGCUGGGUGUCUACUCCCAAUGCUUGAGGAAAGGUUCAGUCAACUCCAUCAGCCUCACCGCCAUGCCCAUCCCGACAGGAGAGCCAGACAUCACCUCGGACUACCACAGCCCUGUAGACCACGAGGACAUCUCUGUCUCUGCUCAGACCUUGAACAUCUCCCGGUCAGCUAGCACCAACAUAGACUAAGUUGACACCCACCUAGCUGCAUGAUAGUGAUACACCGGCCGCAUUGGGGAGAAGUGAGGAUAUGGGGAGGAAACCUUCCUGCUUCCAGGGCAGGGAAGAGGGGCAGACAGCCUUCUCUAAGAGACAGGACUCCUCUGAACCAAAACCUUCUCCAACCUCACCAUGUUGGCAAGGCCUUGGUGGACACUGAUCUCUCAACGCACCACAAGUGUUGCCUCAACUUUACUUGAAGUCUUCCAGCUGAGGACAGAUGUUCCAAGAGCGACAUGGACAUCGACCUCCAGCAUGAGCCAUCACGGCACCGUUAAUGGUUUCCUAAACACAACAAUAGCCAAGCCAUCUAUUGUAGCUGAGAAAUGCCUCUGAAGCCUGUGCUGGAGAGCAGGACACCCAUGAGCAGAACCUAAUAGGGUGGCCUUCUCCUUGGAGAGGAAAUCUUCUGAGCCUAGAAUGAAUUUGUGACGUGUGGGUCUUCUUUUGCUCCAUCGUCCUUCUGUGAGGACCACUUCCCAUGGAGCAUUUCCAGGGGCAUCCAACUACAGAGGAGCUGAUGCUAAGAUCUCCUCAGGUCUGACAGGUCUCUAUCUUGACCUCAACCACAGCUCUCUGACCAAGAAAACCAUAUUGGCGGUCUCGUUCGCUUAGCAACUUUUCUCUGACUGCCAUCUACUCACUCUGGAUUUCUUCCCUUUGGGGAGACUGGGUCAGAGACGCUACUUAAAAGCUAUGCAAAAGCUAGAUUCCUCCUUCCUUCCUUCCCUGCUUCCUUCCCUGCUUCCUUCCCUCCUUCCUUCCUUCCUUCCUUCCUUCCUUCCUUCCUUCCUUCCUUCCUUCCUUCCUUCCUUCCUUCCUUCCUUCCUUCCUUUUUUCCUCCUUCUCUUCCUUCUUUCCUUCCUUCCUUGCUUCCUUCCUCCCUCUCUUCCUUCCUUCCUUCCUCCCUCCUUUCAUUCCUUCCUCCUUUCCUCCCUCCCUUCCUUCCUUCCUUCCUCCCUCCCUCCUUUCAUUCCUUCCUCCUUUCCUUCCUUCCUUCCUUCCUUCCUUCCUUCCUUCCUUCCUUCCUUCCUUCCUUCCUUCCUUCC